GAGUCACCUAUCGGGGCGACAUAUAAGGGACUCUUGUUUUUCCGGUUGUUCUAGUUGGCCAGGAGAACUUAUCCCUAGAUUGAGGCGGCCAACAACGUCAAGGAUAUUCCGUCGGGCAUCAUGGAAUUCGGUCCUAUCUAUGCAUAGAGGUAUCAUGGUUCCCUACCCCUCACAUGACACAUAAGAGAUAGGUGGGGGGCAUGGAUGGGUUCAACGUGGCCGGUUGUGGAUGGUGGGGAACGGAGGCUCGUCGUAAUCGCCUCUGAGGGCAGUUUUUUGACAGAUAGAGUUGCUUGGCCCAACCGAGAAACCUCUAUAUGGGGUGAAAGAUUUAUUUUUGAUCUAGGUAAAAUCCAAGUGUAAUAAACAGAUACUCCUUGAUGAAAUUUGAAAAAUACAGAUACGAAUGGUGAGCUUCAAGUAUGAGACAAGACAGCGGAGGAUGAUAAGCAGUGCACCAUCCAACACGAAUACUCGUGUGAAUCGGUUGGAACGAUUUCUCUGUACUGUCAUGAUGUUUGAUGAAUAUAUCAGAUUUAAAAAAAAAGAUAAUUGAAAUGAUUUGUCCGCAAAAUAAAUCUUCAGAACAAGGGCCGGAAAUUAAAGAAUAACGAUGAGCUGGUGCUCUGCUCCCUGCAUAUAGCCCCCCUGCUCCUGCUGCUACCUCUGCGGUUCGUUUCAGAAGUACAGUUUCAGGCUUGGCCCCGAAGGAACAAGAACUCGACAAGAUCAAGAGGAAAGCAGCCGCGUCCGCGUUCGACCAAGCGUAGCAAACGUGCAACACAAGGAGAAGAGGAGAUGGGCCGCGGGAGGGUGGAGAUCAGGCGGAUCGCCAACGACGUCUCGCGGCGGGCCACCUUCGGCAAGCGCAGCGCCGGGCUGCUCAAGAAGGCGCGGGAGCUCGCCGUGCUCUGCGACGUCGACCUCGGCGUCCUCGUCUUCGACGGCGCCGGCAGCGGCAGGCACGCCCACUACUGCAGCCCCAACACCAGCUGGACCGAGCUAAUUCAGCGCUACGACAGCAUCACCAACGACCAGUUGCAGGGGAAUGAGGGCACAAAUCAUCAUGAUCAUCAGCAACUGUUGACGGAUAUCGCAAGGUUGAGGCGAGAGCAUGACCAUCUCGAGGCCACCCUGCAGAGGCACACCGGAGAAGACCUGCCAUCGGGCGCGACCGCGGCGGAGCUCCGUGAUCUGGAGCAGCGGCUAGAAUGCGCGUUGGAUAAAGUCCGUGAAAUGAAGGAUAAACUGAUGGAGGAGCAGUUGGACGAAUCACACAACAGGAUGCACAUCCUGGAGGAGCAGAACAGCUUCCUUCGCCACAUGAUGAGUGAGGAGGGGCGGCAACGUGCUGCCGUGGAGGCGUCGGCGGUGGUGGCGGAGCUCAUGGCGCCGAUACAGCCGGCGACGCUGUUCGGGGGCUUCUUCCCGGAGGUGGAGGAGGAGGCAGUGACUUCGCUGCGGCUGUGGCCGUAGCAGCUCCCCUGGCCCGGGGCUGGAUCUGUUACUUUCCAGAUUGAUGAGUAGAAGGAGAUGAUAGACUGACGGAAUUCGACGGAGGUUAAUUAUUUUUAGCCAGUGAAACUUACUAAUAGUAGCAGGCCACUAGUACUUACGUUCUGAGGCCAUAUAUAUAGGUAACAAGUAGUGGCAGAGGCCAGUAUUUUGCCAACGCCAUAUGUACAAAUGUGUUCCG